GUCCUGCUCCCAGACGAACAGACAGACCCGCCGCCGCUCGUGCUCAUUUUUAGAUUUUCCACACAAAAUAACACAUUUUGUGUGAGUGUGCGUGUGAGGCCCUUCAUCAUGGCUGCCCUAUUGAGACGCGUGGCCUGCACGGCCCUGCUGAGGGCCACAACGCAGGCCAGGAGCUCCUAUGUGGCCCCGGCCCCACACCCAGGCGCCCUGUCUGCCAUGCUGAUAGGAACAUGUCGUACCAAGAAGACGUGGCCGGUGUCGUUCUCCCAGGAGGAGCUGAAGCAACGGCUCACGCCCAUGCAGUACCACGUCACCCAGGAGAGGGGGACUGAGAGCGCCUUCAGGGGAGAGUUCACCGACCAUAAGGAGGACGGCACCUACACGUGUGUCGUGUGCGGGGCGCCGCUGUUCAAGUCGGGCACAAAAUUCAACUCUCGAUCAGGCUGGCCGUCCUUCUUCGACCUGGUGAAGGACGGCUCUGUCACCCUCGCAGACGACUUCUCCCACGGCAUCCACCGCGUGGAGACCACAUGCAGCCAGUGCGGCGCCCACCUGGGUCACCUGUUUGACGACGGGCCCCGCCCCACCGGGAAGCGCUACUGCAUCAACUCCGCCUCGCUGGGCUUCCAGGGGAGCGAGGCGGAUGCGGUCGCCACGGAGACCGCCGCCGCCACCGCCACCACCACCACCAGCGCCAGCGAGGACGGGGGCGGGGCCAAGGCGGGGGGCCUGCCGGCCUCUACCGGCGCCCCAGCGGGGGGGAAGAAGGAGCUGUGAGGCG